UGGAUGGGGCCCAUGUAGGGAGGUAUGGACCUUGGGAAAAAGCCUUUCAGUUCAGGAGACAGAAGAGACACAAGGGUCCUGCUGAAAGCUGUGCACUGUUUCAUGCCUGGGACUCUGUAGAUUGGGUUCCAAGAGAGGCAGACAAAGAGCAAAGCAGCCACUGUUCUCUUACUCAGCAGAGACAACUUGUUUAACCACAGAAAUACUACAGUGCAAAUAAACUCAUCAUAGGAACACAGCCUGAAGUCUACACCAUGGAAUGUCGGGAUUUUUACAGUCUGUGAUAAUCAGUUUUCUGAUCAGAUGAAAGUAUCAAAGCUGCUGCAGUGAUUUCUGCUUCCGAACCUUAUUACGGAUCAAAAUGACAUGUGGAACAUGACUCUGUUUUAAAUAUUAUUUAACCCUGCUUCAUCCACUCUGAAGGACUCGGCACUGAACAUUUUCAGGGAAGAACACAAUACUUACUUGGGUUUCUGUAAGAGCAAACUGUAUAAAUAGACCUGCCUAUGGAGACUGUACUGAGACGUCAGGAUUUUGAGAACAGUGGAAAAGAGCAGAUUUUGGGAGAAGAAAAGGCAGAAUCAGCAGCAAUAGCCUUUGUCUGAGAGUGCGCCACUAGAAAAGGUUGAAGCCAUGAUGAAGACUCUCUCCAGUGGGAACUGCACACUCAGUGUCCCAGCCAAAAACUCUUAUCGGAUGGUUGUCCUCGGGGCAUCCAGAGUUGGCAAGAGUGCCAUCGUUUCACGUUUUUUGAACGGGCGAUUUGAAGACCAGUAUACACCAACCAUUGAGGAUUUCCAUCGCAAGCUGUACAACAUCAGAGGAGACAUGUACCAGCUAGACAUUCUAGAUACAUCUGGAAACCAUCCAUUUCCAGCCAUGAGGAGACUAUCCAUUCUCACAGGUGAUGUAUUCAUACUUGUUUUCAGCCUGGACAACCGGGAUUCCUUUGAUGAAGUAAAGCGGCUUAGAAAGCAAAUUCUGGAAGUAAAGUCUUGUGUCAAAAACAAAACUAAAGAGACGGGUGAAUUCCCUAUGAUGAUUUGUGGCAACAAAAGUGAUUAUGGUGAGCAUCACCGCAAGGUGAGAGCUGAAGAAACAGAGCGUCUGGUGUCUGGAGAUGAAAACUGUGCUUACUUUGAGAUUUCUGCAAAGAAAAAUGUAAAUGUAGACAAAAUGUUCCAAGUCCUGUUUAGCAUGGCAAAGCUGCCCAAUGAAAUGAGCCCAGCCCUCCAUCGGAAAAUCUCCAUGCAGUAUGGGGAUACCUUUCACCAGAAGUCUUUCAGGUUGAGAAGGCUGAAGGAGGUAGAUGCUUAUGGUAUGGUCUCACCUUCAGCUAGACGUCCCAGUGUCAACAGUGACCUUAAGUACAUCAAGUCAAAAGUACUGGGAGAAGGACAAGGACGAGAUAGAGAGAAGUGCACUAUUCAGUAAAGACUCUGCUGUGCUGGGGGCAUCCCAAAGUGCCUUUGCCAUUGAGAGGAAAAAGGAUACCCAGGAUUCCCAGCCCUUCGUUUCUGUAAGGACUGUGAAUGGAGAACAUUCAUUUUGCCUGCUUUGUUCUGAACUUUGUCCUGCUCAGAAGAACAAGAUCCUUAUUCCUUGGUUAACAGCAAUUCAUCUAUAAAUGCCAAAUGAAGACCUCACUUUGAAGCCUUUCUGUAUGUUGGCAGAUCAGUGGAUGGCUAAAGAUGGUGUCAGUUCCAACUGCACAACCCUGCAGUUCCAUUACAAUUCAGAUAUUUAUCAGUUUUCCAAAAAAGAUUUCACAUAUUUAAAACAACUGUACAUUUGGUUAGAGACUUGGUGGUUACAUAUAGAGGACUUCACUGGACUGUUUUCAGUCUUUCAGCCAGGUUUUCCAAAGAAUAAAUGUAGAAUAGUUGAGGUUAUACUUGAAAUAUUCCCCAUUUCUGAGGUAGUGGACCUUAGCAAACACUGACCAUGUAACUUACGCUAUUUUGUUUGGUUGUUUGUGGUUUGCUGCAUGUGAGCCAAUGAACAGCAUUGUUUCUGUGAUUGUGAACUACAACCAUGAAGCUUCUGUACAAAGGAAUAACUAAAGACUUCUUAUGUGCAGUCAUCUAACCCCCACUGUCCUGGGGAACACAUUGCUCUGCACUUGCAGCUGUUAAAGCAGCAGAUGGGAAAUUGGACAGUGGAGUUCAUGAUCAAAAUGUAACUUUUAAGGACAAAAAAACUGAACAACUUAUUUGGAUUUACUGUAAUGAAGGAAAAUGUAUUCAUAGCCCCAUCAUGGCCCCUUUUUUUACUGUGUAAUAGGAUAAACCACCCCAGCAACGUAAUGACAUAAAUCAUUCGUCCAAGACUGAAAUAAAUUGCCAGAUAAAUUCAAACGUUCUAAAAAACAUAAUUCUCAAAUUAAACAAUAUAAGUAAUAUUGAGCCUAGAUAGUUUGUUUGGGACAAUGCAACAAUGGGACCGUGUUUCCUCUUAACCGACAAUAUUUUAGAAUACUUUUGUUCUGGUCAUAUUCUGAUUAAACUGUAUUUUGUUUUUAAUAUAAAGUAUAAUGUGUGUA